ACACAUCUUUUUGCGCUUUGUCAUUUAUAUACAACCACGAGCCAAAUCAAACAAACCAUAUUCCUGUUCAUUCUCCUCCCCCUCCUUUCUCUUCCUCCUCUUCCUCUGUAGCUACCUGUGCUUGUUUCUGCGUCUCUCGUGACAUACAAAUCCACACGCUUUGUCCUGGGAAAGUGUGGGAGUUAAAGAGAGAGAGAGAGAGAGAGGCGGAACCAAAAGAGUGAGAAUGGGCAGACAGAAGCCUCUCUUCUUCCCUUCUUUGUCCGUUUGGCUUGAAAUGAUCAGCCUUCUGAUGCUGCUGGUACUCGCCUCCGUUCCCGUCAUCCGCGUGCAGGCAUGGAGGCCGUGGCCCAGAUUGUUCAACGACAGCACCAGUUACCCAGAUCCCGUUUUCGGGAGCUCCAAGAGGUACGAGGGCUCUUCCGAGUUCGUUCACCUUCAGUACCACAUGGGUCCGGUGCUCACUUCCAACAUCACCAUACACACCAUCUGGUAUGGGUCCUGGCAGCCCAGCCAGAAGAGGAUAAUCAAGGGGUUUCUCCGCUCCAUCUCUUCCCGGGACGCUCAAUCUCCUUCAGUCUCCGAGUGGUGGAGCACGGUGCAGCUCUACACCGACCAAACGGGAUCCAACAUCAGCAGCAAUGUCUUGCUGGGAUCGGAGAAGAACGAUAGGUAUUCCCAUGGCAAGUCCCUCACCCGCCUGUCGAUUCAGAGCGUCAUAAAGGGGGCCAUCACCGCGUCCACCAGGCCCCUCCCCAUCGACUCUCGGAACGGCCUCUACCUCGUCCUUACCUCCCCCGAUGUGCAUAUGCAGGAUUUCUGCGGUCAGGUGUGCGGCUUCCACUACUUCACCUUCCCCUCCAUCGUCGGCACCACACUCCCUUACGCGUGGGUGGGCAACUCGGCAGCCCAGUGCCCGGGCGUGUGCGCCUACCCGUUCGCCGUGCCCUCCUACAUUCCCGGCCUCAAGCCCUUGAAUCCCCCCAACGGCGAUGCCGGCGUCGACGGGAUGAUCAGCGUCAUCGCUCACGAGAUCGCCGAGCUCUCCACCAACCCCUUGGUGAACGCUUGGUAUGCUGGACAGGACCCAUCCUUCCCCACGGAGAUUGCUGAUUUGUGCGAAGGGAUCUAUGGCACAGGUGGUGGUGGCUCCUACACCGGCCAGCUGUCUGUCGACAAGACGGGAGCUACGUACAACAUGAACGGAGGAAGGAGGAGGUUUUUGGUCCAGUGGGUUUGGAACCCUGUGCUUAACUACUGUUUUGGUCCAAAUGCCUUGGACAAGUAAAGAAGACGGCGUUUCUUCUUUCCCACUCGCGGGAAGAGAGAGAGAGAGGGAGAGGGAGGGAGAUGAUCAUGGAAGCUGUUACCUGCCAAUACCGUUAGGUCCAUCGCCGAUAUCUCCUGCUGCAGUUGCUUUCUCCGUUCCACUACGCACAGGAAAAUUGAGGAGGAGGUUUGAGACUGACUUCUCAUUCCCUCCUUUUUUCUGUCUGUUUAGUGUACUCUCCUCUUCCAUCCCUUUCUAAGUCCAUACGCAGUCGCGUGCAACUUAUUACGUCUUUCUUGUUCUGAUAGAUAUGUGUGAAUGGAUGGAGGUAAUCAAAGGGACCAAUGGUUGCUUUUUGGCACUACUGUCCUUUGAACUUGAACUCCAUUUUCCCGCUUCCUUUCAUGCUUCCCAAGGAUAAAAGAAAUUGCUUGUUUAAGUGGCUA